AUUCCUUGUUGGAGCAGAGAUCAGAAGAUAGAGCCACUGCUUUGAGUCACAGCUCCAAGCUGUGAGGCAUCAAGGGAAUGGUCCUAGGCCUUCCUACUCUCCUGGCAUUUAGAUGGUAACAACUGUGCCAGUUACUCAGCUGUGCUUAGGACAACAACAUCAAAACAUCUUCCAUCUUGUGUUUCUCCAUCAGGGACUGCAGCGUAGGAAUUAACCACAGCGUACCAGAAAUAACACCGAUGGAAGGAUUGUUUACAUAAAUAAAUUCCAGUGGCAAUAUUCAGCAUCAUCAGUUGGGUGUGUGCAUGAGGACGGAGACUGGGCUGGUAUCAGUCGCUGACUCCCGCGGAUAUCCUAGAACAGUGCCUUGAGAAUCUUCUGCCCUGCAGCCAAUUCCACAGCAAGACUUGGGCUCCCGUUGAUCCAUCCGUGCAACGAUGAAGCUGUUCAUCUUUGGGCUUCUUGUGGUGAGCUCGGCAGUGUUUGCCCAGCCAGGUAACCGAAUCAUUGGUGGGUAUCCAUGCGGAGAACUCCAACGCCCCUACCAGGCGGCUCUUGUGUAUGGACGCAGAGGCAAUUGGAACAUUUAUUGUGGAGGGAGCUUAGUGCAUCCAUGCUGGGUCCUCUCUGCCGCCCACUGCAAACCCAAAAUAGGUAUGAGAGUGUGCCUAGGCAAGCAGAACUUGAAGAAGGUAGAAAAAACAGAGCAGUGCUUCAAAAUCGCUGAAGUUAAACAACACCCCAAUUACGAGAGACGAACCAAUGACAAGGAUUUCAUGCUUAUUCGACUUCGAUCCUGUGCCAAGCUCAGUGAUGCUGUGAAGACCAUUCCCCUGCCUUCCACGUGCCCUCCAGAUAAUGCAAAAUGCACAGUGUCAGGCUGGGGUACCAUAAGAUCUCCUCAAGCAAAGCUGCCAGAAAUUCUACAGUGUGCAGAUGUCAAAACUGUCCCCUAUCAGACAUGCAAUAAUGCGUAUCGGGGUGCCAUCACACCCUUCAUGAUGUGUGCGGGAGUCCCAGAGGGAGGCAUAGACUCCUGCCAGGGUGACUCUGGGGGCCCACUGGUCUGUGAUGGGAAGCUCGAAGGCGUGGUUUCUUGGGGGACCUAUGUAUGUGCACAGAAAGGAAAUCCAGGAGUCUAUAGCAAAGUCUGCUGUGUGGUGCCAUGGAUCAAAGACACAAUAAAAAAGCAGGGCAAAUGCUGACCCAAACUUACAAAGCAGGACUCCGGGAAGAAGGAACCUCAGCACCACAAGACCAGCCUC